GCACCUGGGGAGUGGAGGGGGGAGACGGGGGAGAAGGAGGGGAGUAUGUGAGCUUCCGUGCCCCCCCUCCCCAAGCCCCGGAGAGUCCCCUGGUAGAGAGUCCCCUGGUGGGCCCCAGGGCCAGGCGAUGCUACAGAGGAGAGAGGUCCAACUCCUGCUCCUCAUCUAGCACUGCUACAGCUACAUACAGGUCUCCAGUGUUGAGGCGACAGGCUAUGUUGGCCAGUAGUUGUUCCCAGUUGGAGCUGCUAGAGGGCGCCACCUCUCACCAGCGCUCCUCUAUCCUAGAGAAACGAGUCGGGCCUUGCACCCCUUUACGACGCGGUUCCACCUCUGCCUCUGCAGCUCCUGCCACUUCCUCAUCCUCAGCUGUCAAUCAGCAGGGUGGUCAGGGCAAUGGGGUGCCCCUCCCCCUACAGCCGUUAUACCUGCGUCGUCAGGGUGGAAGGAGCGAGAGGAGGGAUAGUGGCGGGCUUCUGACCCUAGUGAGGUCACACAGCGAGCCUGGCCUCAGCUCUUCUGCUGAUACAGUUGACUUCAGUGGUGGCUCAGUGGGCAGUAAAGGAGUGAGGGAGGGCUCUCAGACCUCUACAGACACAGGUCCGUCCUCUGAGGCAUGCCUGCUGCCCCGCUCCUCUCUGGUGCCCCCCUCAGCCCUCCUCCCCAGGAAAGGCAGUGUGAAGGCAGCCACCAUGGGGCGCACCUUGCCCCUCUCCAAAGGCCCCGCCAACUCUCCCUUGCACCUGCCCAAAGAAUGCAACCGCUCUCUUGGGGACCUCAAGGUGACGAGGGGGUUGGUGGCUCGCUUCCUGCAGCGCUCCAAACGGAACCUGGCGUCCGCCGCAGAGCAUUCUGGGAACACGGGACAAGGUCAGAAAAGGAGAGGCGGGGUGGAGGGCAACGGGACAGGCCAUCUCCCUUUAGAGCAGGUGUUACGUAACUCCUGGGGGGCCAGCCAGGGAUCCCACCCCCCACACCCUCAUCACCGUGGUCACCACCACUCCCAUAGCGACAGCCGCCACAACCGCCGUCAUAGCAACCAAACCCCUGUGACGGAGGGGAUCCACUUGCGCAGCUGCGGCGACUUAAGCUCCUCCUCCUCUGCGUCGCUAUGGCGAUUACUGACAGCCAACCCCCCUCACGGGUCAUCAGGGGCGCUGUACACAGAGUCAGCCCUGUGAGAGGGGGAGGAGGGAGGAAAGAUGGGAGGGGAGGGGGAGGAAAAGGAGAGGAGGCAGAAAGUGUACACACACAGAGGAGAGUGGAGGCAUGGUAUGGUCUAAUGAAGAAGAGAUACAAAGGGAGGAGGAGAGGCGAAGGAUGGUAGGAUGAGUUAGACAUGGGAGAGGAAGGAUGAAGGAACAGGCUACUGACAUAUCCUGAUGGGCGGUGGAGGGAGUCAGCACUAUGAGGAGGGAACGACUGGACCUUUGCUACAGCCUUGUUCCAAUACUUUCAACAUGCAUCCUUCCUCUUUCCCCUUGGAGCCCUCCUCUGCACCUGUGCCUGGCCUUCCUUUCCUGAACUUUGACCUCUCGACUAACCUCCUAUCUUCAACCUCCACCUAGCCAUACUGAACACAACUCUAUCUGUCCUCUCCAACUCUCUGGGAUCUCUCUCUAACUUCAAGACUAGAGAGGAUGGAGAGAAGGAGUAGGAUAAUUAAGUUUCUCCUAGACUCUGAGCUAUGGUCAGUUUAGUGUUUCCCCUCCUAAUGGUUAAGGUUAGGAUCAGUGGAGCAUAAGCUGAUCCUAGAUCUGUGUCUAAGGUAAACACUUUUCUGGAGCUGUGAACAUCACUCUCACACGAACCGCAUACACUCAUUAAACUGCUCACUCUUUUUCAAAACUCAAAUGUACGUUCAUUAAUCCAGCUCUUCAUCCGGAGCGAAACUCAUUUUAAGUGUUCACGGAACUCACCUUUUUGUCUUCCACUCGUGAAAUGGUUAACCUUCCUUUUCUCCUGAUGACACUGUAAAAUGUACAGAAAAUGUAUACUCGUUUUGCCCACUGACAGUGAAAGUUUAAUGGCCUGCUAGUGUCGCCGUAUGUUUACAAUCUUACAUCGUUAUUAUUUUAGUCAUUUUUUUUUGUGGUUCAUUUUCUUGAGGUAAAAUCAACAUGUAAUCCUCAACACCCCUUACCUAGUCCAUCUCCAAACUGCCUUCAGAAGAAAGGUGCCUCAAACUCAAAACUCACAUACCAUCUACCCCAAACUCAAAACUAACUCUAUUACAGCCUUCCCUGUAGCUCAGUUGGUAGAGCAUGGUGUUUGCAACACCAGGGUUGUGGGUUCGAUUCCCACGGGGGGCCAGCAUAGAAGAAAAAAAUGUAUGAAAUGUAUGCAUUCACUACUGUAAGUCACUCUGGAUAAGAGCGUCUGCUAAAUGACUAAAAUGUAAAUGUAAUAACACUGGUCUAAGACAUCAUACUCCCAAACUCGGCGUUUCCUCUCUCUGAGAUGACCGUGGACAUAGCGAUUUGAUUUGUUUGUUAUGCUACAAAACCCCCCAUAAUGUACUCCAAAUGAACAGGAGCCUUGGUCAAAUACUACAACUUCCCUCCCUGUGUAUCAAAUCCUACAAAAUAACUAACCUCCCCCUAAGAAUGACUUUAGCUGCAUGUUUUGGCAAUGCUUCUUACUUUUCUCCCUCUCUCUCUCUCUCUUGCACCAAAACCUAGUUGCUCUGAGCCUUUGGAAAUGUGUUAAUGUAUAGUGAAGGGGAUGGAUCAAUGUUGUGCUGUUGAACCCAGAGCCGUAGAUAUACUGAGAUCUAACUAACUAUCAUCCACGAACUCUGUGAUGUGUAUGGCUCUGGCUGAACGGUUAUGUAUGAUAAAUUGCACCUCAGUAUGAUUCCAAAAGCACUAAAGAGAUUCUUGCAAUAAAUGUACAGAUAAGUUUGUAUAGAUGUUGGGGAUCAGAUAUUCAGGAUGGUAGUUCCAGCAAGACUUAGUGGGAACUAUGAGAAUCUGCAUAUUAUAGUCUGAUACUGGAGGUUGGACGACACAAAGUGUGCAGUAUUCUUAGAGGACAUACUGUCUGCAUUGGACUAGAAAGCUAGCUAACCUCAACCCAGUCGGACAAGAGUUAUACACGGAAUGGCGAUAUUGUGAAGACUUAAGUUUUGAAUAUACACACAAUUAUGUAUCUAACUGAUUUAAACACAACACACAGAUACACAUAUGCACACACACACGCGCGCACACACACACACACACACACACACACACACACACACACACACACACACACACACACACACACACACACACACACACACACACACACACACACACACACACACACACACACACACACACACAGACAGCAGACAGACACACAACCACACACACACACUCAAACACACAGAAGCACUGAGCUGUGUUAAAAAUGUUGCUAUAAUUUCUACCUCCUAUUUUGCACAUUGUAUAAUUGUAUGGCUUGAAGUGAUAGAGCCUAACUGAAUAAACAUAUUAUUCUCUUCAAAUAUGAUAUGUAAAUGUUCUAAUGCAAGAACUUUUAAUGCAAGUCAUGUAUUUCAACAUAUUGAAUAAAUUAUCCACAACAUGAAA